AUGGGGGAGAACUUCACCACUAUCAAAGAGUUCAUCUUGCUGGGACUCUCCAGUGACCGAAAGACGCAGAUUCUACUCUUUCUGGUUGUCCUCAUCAUCUACUUGCUCACCAUUAUGGGGAAUCUGCUGAUCAUCAUGCUGGUGAGAGCUGAUUCCGCCCUCCACACACCCAUGUACUUCUUUCUAACUCAGCUGUCAUGCCUGGAGAUCUGUUAUGUCACCAGCACUUUGCCGCAGAUGUUGGCUCACCUCCUGUCUGGCAACGGAGCCAUCUCCUUCACUCGUUGUGCAGCACAGAUGUACAUCUCACUGGCUCUGGGUGGCACGGAAUGCCUUCUUCUGGCUGCCAUGGCCUACGACCGCUACUUGGCCAUCUGCCAUCCCCUGUUAUAUGCCAUCGCGAUGGGCAGGUGGCGUCAAGUGCAACUUUCCUCAAUUUCUUGGGCAGGUGGCUUCCUCCUUGGUUCAAUAAAUGCUGGCAGCACCCUUCGCCUCCCUUUCUGUGGCCCCAACCACAUCAACCACUUCUUCUGUGAGCUGCCAGUGGUUUUGAAACUUUCAUGUGCUGACACUCACAUCACAGAGGGUUUCAUGUUUCUAGCAUCUGUGCUGAUGCUCUUAAUUCCUGUUUCUGUCAUCCUGACAUCUUACGGGCUCAUCCUCUCCUCAGUAUUGCAGAUGCGGUCAAACGCUGGACGGCGCAAAGCCUUCUCCACAUGCGCCUCCCACCUCAUUGUGGUCACCCUGUUCUAUGGCACCGUCAUUUCGAUGUACAUGAUUCCCCGGUCGAGUUCUGCUCCUGAUCGCGACAAGCACAUAGCAGUCUUUUACAUUGUGGUCACCCCCUUGCUCAACCCUGUCAUUUAUUCUCUGCGGAACAAGGACAUUCAUGGGGCAGUGGCCAAGAUGCUUCAAAAAUCAGGCUUUGAACAAAAAAAAAUGAGUGUUGCCUUGUAG